GUCGGAUGAAAAACGUUGUAGCACAUCGUGAUGGGGCUGUUCCUGGAUACUUCCAGAGUGAUACUGAGCAGGGUGAAAGACCUGAGAGCCCUGACUUCUAAGCGACACCGAGUGAAAGGAAAAUGGGCUGCCACACAUCCCAAGCAGCCUCCCACCAGAAUGGCUCUGCAGCACUUCGAUGCCACCUACAGCGCCCAGCUGGGGGCGCUCUGGCCCUCAAUCCGAGUAGCCCUGCUGUCAGAGAGGAAGUACGGAGCCCUGCUCAAUCAUUUCUCCCAUAAUCUAGAUGUGGAAGAACUCCAAGCUCAGGGAUGCAAAGAUUUCAUCAGCAAUGGAGAGGCCUUCAUGUUUCCGGCCUCCGCUGAUCACCACUCUGAGUUUAGACCUGAAGAAGACUCCAGCAGUGUGUCUACAGUGACUCACGGUGGUGGUAGUCGGCAGCCUUCUCCUCUACGGCUCAGUCCCAAUAUCACGUGCUUGGUUUUUCCGAGAGGAGACAUCACACGGUUCAGGCCUGCAAGACCUGACAAGUUUGGUUUGUUGAGUUACUACCUGCUGGACGCGGCGUCCAUAUUGCCUUGUCUGGCACUGGAUGUUCAGGAGAGUCACACAGUUCUGGAUCUGUGCGCCGCUCCAGGUGGAAAGGCCCUGGCUUUACUUCAGACACAGUCUGUCAGGUUUUUAUGUGCCAACGACUUGUCCGUGUCUCGAACGUCUCGAUUGAAACGGGUUCUGCAGAGCUAUGUUCCGAAAGCGCUUCUGACCGAUGACAAACUGCGCAUCACAUCGUUUGACGGCACCAUUUGGGCGGAGAUCGAAAGGAACUCCUUCGACAGAGUCCUUGUUGACGUCCCCUGCACCACAGACAGACAUUCCCUCAUGGAGGACGACAACAACAUAUUCAGCAGGAGCAGAGUCGGAGAAAGACGCAGCCUACCACAGCUGCAGGCGGAGCUUCUGCUAGCGGGAAUCCUAGCUGCUUGUCCUGGAGGCCACGUUCUGUAUUCCACCUGCACCCUCUCUGCCAACCAGAACCAGGCUGUGGUGCAACAAGCUGUCCAGCUGGCUGAGGAGCAGCAUGGCAUCCAGCUUCAGGUCAUCAGUCUCUGCCCUCUGGCUCAGAUGUUUAGCAACACAUUUCACUUUGCUCCUAACCUCCACCUGGGUGAGAUGGUCAUCCCGCACUUAGCUGCUAACUUUGGACCCAUUUACCUGUGCAAGCUGAGGAGACUCACCUAAACUCUGCUUUGUGGACACAAAACACAACAAACAUCUUCCCACUUUCAUCCCAGAUGCUUUUCAUCUGGGAUUCACCUGCAGUGUUAUUUUUCUCCUGUAGAUGUCCACAGUAGCUAAGCAGUAAAGGUGCUUGAUGUAUACUGCGGCCACCAGGGGGCGGUAAACUGUCCACCCGGGUGUGCAGCUCUUCUGCAGUUCUGUUCUGUGGUUAUUCAUCAGGUUUGAUGGCUUUGCCUCAUAAUGCUGCGUGUUUCUCCACAGAAGCAGAAGAUAAUGAAAAGGCAGCUCAGAACUUCUUUGACCAUUUGGCUUCUCACAUCUGAAUCUGUGCAACUUCCAUUACUGUAGCAGGGCUGAUUCCAUUUGGCAUCAGCAUCAGUCAGAGGUGAGGCGCUUCCUCUCAUCAACGCCUAAUGGGAGGCGUUCGGGGGCCGUCUGCCAUCACACCGCCGAUGACCCUGUGUGCUGUCCUGGCUAGGCAAUGUAGCGUAAAAAAAGGUGUGCGUAUGCCUGCGCGUGUGAGAGAAUAUAUAUAUCUAGUACUGUAUAUUUGAUGAGAUCAGAUGAAUCCACAUCCCAUCGUCAUUAAGCAGCUCGGCGCAGCGCGCCGGGGACGGGACGCCAGCCAUGCGGCUCCCAGAUGAACAUUAAAGAGGCAGCAGAGAGCUAAAAUGGGCCGGCUCGCCCUCUCUCCUGCCCCGCCGCUGUUUUAUUCCACAGAUGAGUGCAGAUAAUUUCCUGUGCGAUUGUGAGUGAUUACUGUAUUACUGUGGCAAAAAGGGGGGAUGUAUCUGGGAAUGCAGAGGGAAUUAAUGACACAUAAAAACUAUAUAUAUAUUUUUUGUACCGGCUGCGUUGGUCCCUCGGAUGGCUCUUGUGAUUACCUAAACGUAUUGUAAAUAUGUGUUUCCGAUGGGCUCCUCCAUAAAUUUCCAUGUUUUAGCACUCAGGAGAUGGCAGACGGUUAGAGAUGAGUUACUCUCUGCAGACUCCACCGGCUGCCUGCUUUAUUAUUGAAUUAGCCAAUGAGGCGCUGUGUGCUUGUGUCCGUGUGUGUAAGCCUGCGUUAUGCUGUGUAUUAAAAAGAUGAAUAUUAUGGAUUUAA